CUCAGAUUCUUCGUCCUGGAUUCUGCAAGAAACAGACAGAAUUCUUCCAACUCUAACGGAUGCGUCUAUGAUUUUUCCACAAGAAUCCUAAGGAUUGCGGCAGUAAUAGCUGCCCCCGGAGGGAAGAACGCUGGAAAGCGCCUAGAAGGCCGAAUGCAACGGCGAUAGGCCAUUAGGUAAUGGGCGGCGGGCCUGGUGGGUUUUACCGCGGGACCUGACGUAUGAGACGGGGGCCGCACCACUUCAGUCUUCACGACCCGGCAAUUUGGCGAAAAUGCUACGAGAGAAAAAUUCGCAGGCUGCCCGCCGGCCACAUGGCCUCGUUCCCUCUCCUCUCCACGGUCAAAAGUUAAAUCAUCGUUGACAUUGACGUUGCUCUGCGCUGAGGCUCCUCUUCUCCGCUGGCCUCGCGCUCGUCACCUCCUCACACUACCAUCACAUCCCGCCAUGUCUGACAAGGAUGCCACUUCCCCCGGGAAGGUGGCCAUCGAGAAUGCCGUCACCGAGCAGGAUGGCUCCCAUACCUCCUCCGAUCAGAAUAGCAUCCAAUCGGGGCUACGGGAACGCAGACGCAAUGGCCUGACCAAGGACGUCGAGAGUGACAAUGAGGAGGAAGAGACCAAGCUGAAGCGCAACCUGAAGAACCGUCAUCUGCAGAUGAUUGCCAUCGGUGGUACGAUUGGAACAGGUCUCUUCAUCAGCAGUGGAACGGCCCUCGCCGAGGCUGGUCCGGCCGGCGCCCUCAUCGCCUACGCCUUCGUGGGCUCGAUCGUAUACUCCGUCAUGUGCUCGUUGGGAGAAAUGGCCACCUACAUUCCCAUCACGGGUGCCUUCACCUCGUACGCCGCGCGUCUUGUUGAUCCGAGUUUGGGUUUCGCCAUGGGAUGGAUAUACUGGUUCAACUGGGCUUCGACCUACGCUGUGGAAUUGACCGCCACGGGCAUGAUCGUCCAGUACUGGAACGACGAGCUGUCCAUCGCCAUCUUCAUCGGAGUCUUCUGGGUGAUUAUCUCGGCUAUCAACUUCCUUCCCGUCGGAUUUUACGGCGAGCUGGAGUUCUGGUUUUCCAUCACCAAGGUCUUGACCGUUCUGGGUUUCAUGAUCUUCGCCAUUUGCAUCGACGCCGGUGUUGGCAAGCAGGGAUACCUCGGCUUCAAGUACUGGCAUGACCCGGGUGCCUUUGCACCCUACCUCAUCACCUCGAACGAAGCCCUUGGCAAGUUCGUCGGCUUUUGGGCGGUGCUCAUCCAGGCUGGUUUCUCCUACCAGGGUACCGAGCUGGUCGGUGUCGCAGCUGGUGAAACCGAGAACCCCCAGAAGACCGUCCCCUCGGCGAUCCGCAAGACCUUCAUCCGCAUUCUCAUCUUCUUCGUCCUGACCAUCUUCUUCAUCGGCUUGCUGGUCCCCUACACCAACCCGGACCUGGCCAGCGGCGCUGAGAAUGCCUCCGCCUCUCCCAUGGUCAUCGCCGCCAAUCUGGCUGGCGUCAAGGUUCUCCCCAGCUUGAUCAAUGCGGUGCUCCUGACGGUCGUCCUGUCUGCCGCCAACUCCAACGUCUACAGUGGCAGCCGUGUCCUGCUCGGUUUGGCCCAGGAGGGUUUCGCGCCCUCGAUCUUCGGCCUGGUCACCCGCCGUGGUGUCCCCUACAUCAGCGUAGGCUUCACCGCCCUCUUCGGACUCCUGGGAUUCAUGAACGUGUCGGACUCGGGCAGCACCGUCUUCAACUGGCUGGUGAACAUCUCCAGUGUGGCCGGAUUCAUUUGCUGGACCUCCAUCAACGCGAGUCACAUCGCCUUCAUGAAGGCCAUGAAAGCGCGCGGCGCCUCCCGCGACACCCUCCCCUACAAGUCGAUCUGGCAGCCGUGGUUGGCCUGGUACGGACUGUUCUUCAACAUUUUGAUCAUCUUCACCCAGGGUUUCACGGCGUGGAUUCCGACCUUCAAUGUGUCGGACUUUUGGGUCGCGUACAUCUGCCCCAUUCUGUUUGUGAUCUUGUAUGUCGGUCACAAGGCGUGGUACCGCACGGCGUUUGUACGGCCGAUUGAGGCGGACCUGGACACUGGGCGCCCGCAAUACACGACGUGGGAGUCGAGCAAUCCGAAGGAUGGAUGGGCGAGGAGGAUCUGGGACAGCAUCAUGGGGUGAUUGUAUGAGAUGCACGUAAUAGAGGGGAGGAGUGUUAUGUAUCGGAGUUUGGCGCGAUUGAUUUAUACAUUGUAUAGCUGUAGAUGUGAUUAUGGCUAGAGCUAGAUCUAUGCAGGUUGAGUACAUAGCGGUUCAGAUUCAAUUCUCCGAUCCUAACUGAUUCCCC